GUGGAGCGCAUCAAGGAGCGCGUGGAGGAGAAGGAGGGGAUCCCCCCCCAGCAGCAGCGCCUCAUCUACAGCGGGAAGCAGAUGAACGACGAGAAGACGGCGGCGGACUACAAGAUCCAGGGCGGCUCGGUGCUGCACCUGGUGCUAGCCCUGCGCGGGGGCGGGGCCCGGCGAGGAGAGGGGCGGGGCUAACGCCCGGCCCCACCCUCCGCCCUCGUUCGCGGCCCCGCCCCUAUUGACCCCUCCCCCGUCCUGGUGUUUGCAUGGAUCCCCCGUUGAAUUAAAGCGUCUGUGAUGUCA